AUUAUGAGUUCGAUUUCAACGAAAUUGAACACAAUCCCUCCUUUACAGCUAAGCAACAAAUAUACUUUAUCUGGCCAUGAAAUGAGGUGGAUACUAUGACAGAUCCUUGCACACCGGGUUAUUAUUUUAUUGCAUAGUCAAGUAGAUGAAGAGGAAUUUUAAAAGCCUUACAGCCAUCUGAUGCUUAGGGUAAUUUUUGUGCAGCAGGCAACAUGAAUAAUACAUCUUCAGAUUUGAAAUCUGGAUACAAGUUUGAAGAUGAUCUUGCUUGUCUGACUGAAAUGUUUCCUUGUAUGGACAGUAAAGUAUUGAGGAAUUACUUAGAAAUCUUUUCCGACCAAGCUAACUACUUAUCAGUUAUCAUUGACAUGCUGCUUCAAGGGGACAACAUUGUUGGGUCAAAUCCUGCUCAAAAUUCAACUAAAAAAAAAAGUAGCACAAAACUGAAAACAGUUGUUAAAGGUGAAAAUAGCUCAUGCAGUGUAGAAGCUGGUACAUUAGAGCUUUCACCCAAAAAAUUACAGAGAAGAGAUUCCAGUGGCAGUGAAACUGAUAGUUUACCUGCAAUGUUAGGAGAGGAUGAAAUUGAUGUUAACACCAAUGUGUUAAGUAACAAUGAAAGUGAAUCAUUUACAACUUGUUCCAAAAACUCUGACAAGAAAGGAGUGAGAUCUAUCACAUCAUCAAAGUGUACAUCCGAUGACAAUGAUUGUGACAUAGCUUUUGUAAAAUGUGUGGCAAGCCCAACAAGACAACCAUUUCAGCGCACUAGGAACUGCAUCAGUAUCUCGGGUACAACUUCACCUUCACAGCAUAAGGGUAUUUGUAUACGCUACAAAGGUGGUGUUCUUCACCCAUCAAUGAAUAAACCUAAAAAGCUGCAGAUUGUCGAAAUUGAUGCUGAUGAAAAAAAUUGUGCAGGCAAGAGUAAUACCCAGUCUCUAUCAAACAGAGAUCAGUCUAAAACCGGCCAAUCACCUGGAAGAAAAAGACAAAGUAUUGUAAAGCCUUCCUGUACAAAGACUUCCACAGUGGUUCAGUGUGUGGAACCUUCAGAUUCAAGCAAGGAUGUGCAAACGAUUGAAGAAAUCAGAAGCAGCAAGGAAGGGCUGUCAGUCUCAGCCUCUUUAAGUGAUUUGGAGAUUUUGAAAAAGGUAUUCCCUGAUGCAGACCCCACUCAAAUCACUUUGCUGUUGGAGAAGUAUGCCAAUGAACCUAACAAAGUUGCAAUGGUUGGUAAGGAACUUGGAAACAAGCCCGAUGCACAGGCACAACAAUUGAAAAGGAAAGUUCCAUUACCAAGGGUGACAUGGUUUUGGGAGUCAGACGAUAACAAGUUGGUUCCAUUUACUGAUUCUGAAUGCAAUGUGUUAGAAAAAGAAUUCCUAGACUGCAAGUCAGAUCAUUCUGGAGUUGCGUCUGACAGGGUAAUAGGUAUUAAACUGCCAGGAUCAACUAAAAGUGUCAAAGUUAAUUUUUUAAAAAUGACAAUGGCUUGCAGCAGCAAUGGAACAAAGAGCCACAUCUUUCGAGUUCCAGAAGGAAAUGAAGAAAACAUCAGUGGCAAAAGUUUGAUACCGCAAGAAGCCCUUACAGUCCCAAGUGACUGGCAGCAACAGAGCAAUGGUGCAGAAUUAGUAAGAGUGCGUCCAGGUUCAGCCGAGUGGGAUCAUGUUCAGGGAAGUUUGAAGAGGAGUCUUAGGAAGGCAAAAGUGGUUGAUAUACAGCGGGUUCAGAACAAGUGGCUUUACAGGAAAUAUGCCAUACAGCGUCAUUUGAUGAAGGAGAAAAAUGGAUCUGCAUCCAUCAAUGAAAAAGAGCUGUUCCAUGGCACCAGAGAAACAAGUCCUGAAGCCAUCUGGAGAGGUGAAGAUGGGUUUGACAUGCGUUAUUCUGCUGACGGCCUUUGGGGGCGGGGUACCUAUUUUGCCUGUGAGGCUUCAUAUAGCCAUCAUGGAUUUGUGUACCAAGAUGCUCAAACACAACACUUUCAGCUAUUCCUUGCCCAUGUUCUCACUGGAGAUAGUAUAUCUUUACCUCCUGACCGCAGUCUGAAAAUGCCUCCGCUAAAGGCAGGGUCCAAUAUCCGUUAUGACAGCAUCAAUGGGGUCAGCAAUAACUGUAAUGUAUACAUUCUCUAUAAACUUGACAUUGCAUAUCCUGCAUAUCUUAUCACAUAUACAAUGACUAACAAUAGAUGAUAGAUUGCAAUAAAUUGUGGUCACAACCUGA